AUGCGUGGGCUCAUCAGCUUAUCGCUUUUGCCGCUGCUGGUAUCCUCGGCACCAACCUUCAGCACUGAAACCAUUCACGAAGGUGUUGCUCCUCUCCUUUCAUCUGCAAACUCUGUAGAGGUCCCAGACUCCUACAUUGUUGUAUUCAAGAAGCACGUCAGCGAGGCAUCUGCCAGUGAGCAUCACAGUUGGGUUCAAAACAUUCACACUACGGGUGAGGCUCAACGAACCGAGCUCCGAAAGAGAGGACAAUUCCCAAUUACCACCGAUAUCUUCGAGGGUCUCAAGCACACAUAUAAUAUCGCCGGUGACUUCUUGGGUUACUCCGGUCACUUUGAUGACUCGAUCAUCGAAGAGGUCCGAAGACAUCCUGAUGUCGAAUACAUUGAGAAAGACUCCGUCGUACACACAUUAGAGGAUGGUGGCGAGACUGAGAAGAACGCUCCUUGGGGUUUGGCUCGUAUCUCGCAUAGAGAUAGUUUGAGCUUUGCCACAUUCAACAAAUACUUGUAUGCCGCUGAUGCGGGUGAGGGAGUCGAUGCCUAUGUUAUUGACACUGGAACCAACACUGAACACGUUGAUUUCGAAGGUCGUGCACACUGGGGUAAGACUAUCCCAUCUGGCGAUGCUGAUGAGGAUGGAAACGGACACGGAACUCACUGCUCUGGUACUGUUGCUGGUAAGAAAUAUGGUGUUGCCAAGAAGACCAAUGUCUACGCCGUCAAGGUGCUUAGAUCCAACGGUUCUGGUACCAUGGCAGAUGUUGUAAAGGGUGUUGAAUGGGCUGCCAACUCCCACACUCAAAAGGCUAAGGAGGGAAAGAAGGGCUUCAAGGGUUCCGUUGCCAACAUGUCUCUUGGUGGUGGCAAAUCCCCUGCUCUCGAUCGUGCCGUUAACGGUGCCGUUGCUGCUGGUAUCCACUUCGCAGUCGCCGCUGGUAACGAUAACGCCGACUCUUGCAACUACUCCCCAGCUGCUGCUGAGAACGCCGUCACUGUUGGUGCUUCCGCUCUCGAUGACUCCCGCGCCUAUUUCUCUAACUACGGUACCUGCAACGACAUCUUUGCUCCUGGUUUGAGCAUUCUCUCAACCUGGAUCGGUAGCAAAUAUGCCGUCAACACCAUCUCUGGUACUUCCAUGGCCUCUCCCCACGUCUGUGGUCUCUUAGCCUACUACCUUUCUCUUCAACCAUCUAGCGACUCUGCUUACGCAGUUGCUGAGAUCACCCCCAAGAAAAUGAAGGAGAAUCUCCUCUCUGUUGCAACCGAGGGUGCUCUUUCUGACGUUCCAUCUAACACCCAGAACAUCCUUGCGUGGAACGGUGGUGGAUCUUCCAACUACACCUCCAUCAUCAAGGCUGGUGGAUAUGCAGUCAAGGGAUCCAAGCAACUCCCAACCACCAUUGAACUCUUGGAGGAGGCCAUCGAGAAUGACUUCAACAUGCUAUCUGGCAAGGUUGUCAAGGGAACUGAAUCUAUGGUUUCCAAGACUGAGAAGCUUUCCAAGAAGAUUCAAAAGAUGGUCGAUGAGGAGAUCAAUGGAUUUUUUGAGGAGUUCAGCUCUUAG